AAAUCCGAUCCAUCGAUCAUCACUUGCGACGCAUCUCAAUCCGCGCCAUCUAUCUCCCUCGCGUCUGCGUCUGGCCGAGAGAGAAACCUAAUUGGGAACUCCACUCAGCUCUACAAAUCCGCAGCUGAUACCAUACCUAGUCGUACACCCUGUCCCUCACAGAAUGGAGAAUCACCGAGAGCAAGACCAGGAGCAAGAGCAUGAAGUGUACGGAGGAGAGAUUCCAGACGAAGCAGAGAUGGAUGCCGAUGUCGACAUGUCUAGGGCUGAGGAAGAAGAAGACCCUAAUGCUAAGGACUUGCAGGAGAUGAAGAAGAGACUCAAGGAGAUAGAAGAGGAAGCUGGUGCCCUUCGCGAAAUGCAGGCCAAAGUUGAAAAGGAAAUGGGCGCUGUUCAAGAUUCUUCUAGUGGGUCUGCUACACAGGCUGAGAAGGAAGAAGUGGACUCCCGGUCGAUAUAUGUUGGCAAUGUUGACUACGCAUGCACACCGGAGGAGGUCCAACAACACUUCCAAUCCUGUGGGACGGUCAACAGGGUCACUAUUUUGACGGACAAAUAUGGUCAGCCGAAGGGAUUUGCUUAUGUGGAGUUUGUGGAAAUUGAAGCUGUUCAGAAUGCUCUCCUGUUAAAUGAAUCAGAGCUGCAUGGUCGCCAGUUGAAGGUGUCCGCAAAACGAACUAACAUCCCUGGGAUGAAACAGUAUCGAGGAAGGCGGCCCAACCCAUAUUUUGGUUUUCGAUCUCGAAGGCCCUUCAUGCCUGGUCCACCGUUUGCCCAACCAUAUGGAUACGGAAGGAUUCCAAGGUUCAGGCGGCCCAUGCGGUACAGGCCAUACUGAUGAGCUACGAAGUAGUGGCUUUGAUUUUGAAGGGACCGGACAAUUGGGAAGUUAGCUUCAUUGUAGUCUAUAUCAGUAUUGCCCCAUAAUAUCAAAUUCCAAGCCAACUUGUACCAAUCUUAUGCGUAAGAAAAAGGCAUAUUUGGUUUUUUUAAUCUUUUCUCUUUGUAAUUUUAGCAUACUAGAGUAAGGGAUAUAACUCCUUUUUCGACUGCUUCCAUUUACCUGCUACAGUGAGAAAGGGAACCUGCGUGCAAAAACAAAAAUAUUUGUCAAAAUGGUGCUGAAGUAUUUUAUGAAUUGAUAGUCCUUUCUCCCUUUGGUGGUUGGCUAACUUUUGCAGCCAAAGUAGACAGUCGGUGUAUUUGAUCUUAUUUCGCGCCUCUCAACGGUAUGAGCACUGAACAGGUUCAUAUUGUCUGCCGUCGCAGGAAAGCUCUAAUGGGCCACGGCUGAAGAUGACUGACUGACUAGGCGCUGUACUUUAUAUGAAGACAUUGGAAAUCUUGCAAUUUCACCGCCCCUUAUUUGUUCACCUCUUUCCCUAGUUGUCUUGUGUGCAUGGAUGCUUGUUUCAUUCUCUGUUAUCUUUUUUCUUUUUUGACAAGGCUUCAAGUAAAAUAUUUUUUGUUUUUCUGUG